CGGCAAUAUUAUUCCGAAUGAUAUCAACAAAAAUCGAUAGGGAAAAUAUUGACAGAUACAGAAGGCACAAAUCUCUCAGCCAUGAAUCAACAAGAGAUGGCAUUUCGAAUACGAUCUUCAAAGUUUCGCCAUGUUUAUGGCGUCUCACCAAGGAAAGAUAAAUGUUUUGAGAAUAUUCGGCUAACGAGGAAUGCCCAUGACAGUAACUUUUGUGCGGUGAACCCCAAAUUCCUCGCAGUUGUUACAGAAUCUUCAGGAGGUGGCUCUUUUGUGGUCUUGCCUGUUAACAGGACUGGUCGUGUGGACAUAAAUGCCCCGAAGGUUUGCGGCCAUGCUGGGAAUGUCCUUGACAUUAAGUGGAGCCCGUUCAGGGACAAUAUCAUUGCAUCAGGAUCCGAGGAUAACACUGUAAAAGUGUGGCAGAUUCCUGAGACCGGGUUGUUAGCUAACCUCACAGAGUGGCAGGUUGAUCUCCAUGGACAUGGUCGAAGGGUCGCAUACAUAGACUGGCACCCAACUGCUGAAAAUAUCAUACUUAGUGCUGGGCUGGAUUUUAAGUGCAUUAUCUGGAAUGUAGAGCAAGCAGAACCAGUCAACGUUGUAAACUGUCACACAGACCUUGUCCAGUCUAUAUCCUGGAAUCGCGAUGGUUCGCUAUUUUGUACAACCUGCAAGGACAAGGUGUUCCGCGUCAUAGAUCCCAGGGUCGGCGACUGUGUCUCGCAAAAGAAGUGCAUAUUUGAAGGUAUCCGACCCUCCAAAAGUGUGUUCGUAGGGGAUACUGGUCAAGUGUGUUGUACCGGAUUUACAAGGCAUGGGGAACGGGAGAUUGGUAUCUGGGAUAUACGAAACCUGUCCAAAGAGUUAAACAGGCGGAAGGUGGAUAGCUCCAAUGGUAUCCUUAUGACGUAUUACGACCAUGACACAAAGAUGGUCUAUGUAGCAGGAAAGGGUGAUGGAAAUAUCCGGUAUUUUGAAAUAACCAACAAAGACCCGUUCCUUCAUGACCUGAACAAUUAUGUCUCAUCAGAACCACAGAGAGGCUUGGGUGUGAUGCCUAAGCGAGGGUGUGAUAUCAACAGGUGUGAAAUAAUGAGAUUUUACAAACUUCAUGCCGCCAAAAACUUUGUGGAACCAAUCUCAAUGAUUGUGCCUAGAAAAUCGAACAUCUUCCAAGAAGACAUCUACCCACCAACUGUUAGUGCCAUCCCAUCUCUUAAUGCUGAUGAAUGGAUAAGUGGGCAAAACAGGGACCCAAUACUGAUCUCAAUGCAGGACCAAAGAGUUGUCAAUGACCCUUCAGUGCUUCCAUCCAAGGCCAACAGACCAAAUGAUGAAACGAUUAACCACACCCCAACCAUCACCACCUAUAAGGUUAUGCCCUCCUCCACAGCCUCCUCACAGCAACGAGGUAGCCAUGGCGAGACAACCCAUUCAAGACCAGAGAUGCAGAAGAUGCCAGCGUCGUUGAAGAACAUCAAGAGGCUGAGCACUUGUGAGGAUAUUGUGACAUUGAAUCCUACUCCUAGUCAAAAUGAAACAAAAAGCAAGGAAAACCAGACACCUGAUGUUGUGGAUGUUCAGAAGGAUAAAGCCUUUGUCAACAGUAAGAUUGCAGCUUUCGAAAAUAAAGGGUCAUCAGAAAGCACUGAAGUGACCUCACCAACCAGAAGAACAGUCAAUAGGUCAUGGUCAGCCAAUCAAGAACCUCCACCAGAUGUAAUAGCCAAUGGGAUUAAAGGAAGCAAUGAACCGUCACACAGCUUAAGUGUCCAAAAUGCUGCAAAAUUCUUCGAACAUCGUGAAAUUGAAAUUAUUGACAUUAAACAUGUUGAAAGUAGCAGCAGCCAAGGCAAGGGAGACCACUCUAAUUCAUCAGUAUCCAAGGGAGAUCACUCAAAUCCCAAGGGAGACAAUUCAUCACCUAUUAAUAAAAGUAACAACUCUCCGCAAGGGAGGUUGAUACUAGGGGAGAUUAAAAAUGAUGAUCAGAGCAAAGCUAAUACUGUACAUGUAAAGAAGACAUGGUCACCUAUUACACAGCCAGAGCGCACGUUGGAAGAAGGAGUAAUGUCCCCUGAUACUGACCCAGAAUUAUUUGAUAGAAAUGAGAAAUUGAGGAAGGCGUAUUUUCAACAAGUGAAAGAGAUCAAGGCUUUAAAGGAACAACUAGCUUUGAAAGACAAGAGAAUCCGGCAGCUUGAGGACGAGGUCACCAAGUUACGCAGCGGGAGUCACCAAAAUGGGGAAAGCGAAUGCUAGGAGUAGAAAUUUAUUUUGUUUUAGGCAAUUUUAGAUGAUUUAUGCCUUUUCUGUAAAUUAUUACAAUUCAGCUUGCUGGAUAGUGGUAGCUUGAUAAGGUUAAAACUAACAUGACAAAGAAACAUGGAAUGUGCUAUUCCUGACAAUGUUAAGCUAUUUUAAUAUGCUAAAUAAAUAUGGAAUGUACAAUUCUUGACAAUAUUAAAAAAAACUUUUCCAGUAUUAAAACAUGACAUUUAUGAUUCUGAAAAAUGUUACAAAAUUUCGAAAAGUGAAUGCUAGAAACAAAAUUUCGAAAAGUGAAUGCUAGAAAUUUAAUUCCAAUUUAAUUUCAGCAAUUUUGGACGAUUUUUGCCUGGUCUGUUUUAGCAAACAUGUUUAUGUCUAGGUAUAUGUUCUAUGUAUGGUCAAAACCUUAAUGUUGUAGUUGUCAUGUUUAAACCUCUGUCAUUACUCAAAAAAUUGUUUGAGAUAUUCGGAUUAAUAAAACAUGGCGCACAUUUUGCCAGAGACAAAACACGCAUGAACAGCUAGGUCUGUGGCUUUGGCUUUAAUAAGUUCUAAGAAAAGCCCCAUUUUGAACAACUUCUUGUGAAGUUUUUAAUGGAAUUGUUGUUGUUUGUAUAUUGUUAGUUAUAUAAAACUGCAAAAAUGAAAAUAAUUGACGAGUACCUUGUUCUAAGUUACAUGUACAUUGUUCUAAGUUACAUGUACCUUGAUCUAAGUUAUGUGUACCUUGAUCUAAGUUAUGUGUACCUUGAUCUAAGUUAUGUGUACCUUGAUCUAAGUUAUGUGUUUCUUGUCCUAAGCGAUGUGGACCUUGUUCUAAGUUAUGUGUACCUUGUUCUAAGUUACAUGUACCUUGAUCUAAGUUACAUGUACCUUGAUCUAAGUUAUGUGUAUCUUGUCCUAAGCGAUGUGAACCUUGUUCUUAGUUAUGUGUACCUUGUUCUUAGUUAUGUGUACUUUGAUCUAAGUUAUGUGUACCUUGUCCUAAGCGAUGUGUACUUUGUUCUAAGUUAUGUGUACUUUGUUCUUAGUGAUGUGUACCUUGUUCUAAGUUAUGUGUACCUUGUUUUAAGUUACAUGUACCUUUAUCUAAGUUAAGUGUACCUUGAUCUAAGUUAUGUGUUUCCUGUCCUAAGCGAUGUGGACUUUGUUCUAAGUUAUGUGUACCUUGUUCUUAGUGAUGUGUCCCUUGUUCUAAGUUAUGUGUACCUCGUUCUAAUGUUAUCCAUAUUUAUUCAGCUAUAUUACAAGACCAUUAUGUUUUUUCGGUCAGUGCCCUCCAAUUUUACCACGCUGUUUGUUAUACAUUUUUUAUGUUUAUUGAAAUGAUGAGUUAAAGAUGUUUUUAUUUUGUUCGUAAGAUUAACAUACAUUCCAUUAAUUUAAGAUAAGCAAUUGUAUUAAUACCGUGUUUUCAUGGAGUAACAAGACAUUCCUCUGAGAGAUUUUUAUAAUUAGCAAAUAUAUCUAUUGUAUUAAGUAUAGAAAAUUCUAGCAAAGGCAUUCCAAAAUUGGUCUAGAAGAAGUAUACAUUCUAACAAAGGCAUUCCAUGAUUAAUGUAGUACGAGUAUACCUUCAAACAAAGGCAUUCCAUGAUUAAUUUAGUACGAGUAUACAUUCAAACAAAGGCAUUCCAUGAUUAAUUUAGUACGAGUAUACAUUCAAACAAAGGCAUUCCAUGAUUGAUUUAGUACGAGUAUACAUUCAAACAAAGGCAUUCCAUGAUUGAUUUAGUACGAGUAUACAUUCAAACAAAGGCAUUCCAUGAUUAAUUUAGUACGAGUAUACAUUCAAACAAAGGCAUUCCAUGAUUAAUUUACUACGAGUAUACAUUCAAACAAAGGCAUUCCAUGAUUGAUUAAGUACGAGUAUACAAUCUAACAAAGGCAUUCCAUGAUUGAUUUAGUACGAGUAUACAAUCUAACAAAGGCAUUCUACAAUUGUUCUUGUAGGAUUAUACAUUCUAACAGAGGCAGUCCAUAAUUAAUUUAUUUGGAGUAUACAUUCUAACAAAGACAUUCCAUGAUUGAUUUAGUAGGAACAUACAUUCUAACAAAGGCAUUCCAUAAUUAAUUUAAUAGAAGUAUCCUUUCUUACAAAGGCAUUCCAUAAUUGAUCUUGUAGAAUAAUAUUUCUAACAAAAGCAUUUCAUAAUAGAUCUGUUAGAUUAAUUUGACCAUGUACACAUUCUGUUUAAACAUAAUUCAUGAGUAUAUGAUUUUUUUUUCAUAUUGUAUGAUAUACCUUAAAUUAUAGUUUCACUUUCGACUGGAUUUUACAAUGUAUAAUUACCAGUAUCAUCUUAUGAAAGUAAAACGAACAACAAAUAAGAUUAGUGUGAAUAGUAGUGAGUAUGCUGUUAUCUCUUUGUGCAAAUUAAUGGGUGUAAUUUGAAUAAUUAUGCCAUUUUAAGGUAAUGGUUUUUGUUUGGGAUUACCGAACUGAUGCUAAUUUUUUAUCGCUGUUGAUAUUAUGCUUGACCCACUGCUUACAAUUGCUGGUUAUGGGUAUUUGCCUUACAGACUUCAGUUUGAAUAUCAUUGUCUGUUGCUUAAUGUGACUCUGAAAACCCUCAUUUGAUGUACACUAAGCAAAAUCUACAAAGGCGAAUAAUUGUUUUCACAAUCAGAUUUCAUUAAAACGUUCACAUGCACCGGUACCUUAAGGUACACUUUUGACCUCUAAUGACUUUUCACAAUCAGAUUUCAUUAAAACGUUCACAUGGAUUGGUACCUUAAGGAACACUUUUGACCUCUAAUGACUUUUCACAAUCAGAUUUCAUUAAAACGUUCACAUGGAUUGGUACCUUAAGGAACACUUUUGACCUCUAAUGACUUUUCACAAUCAGAUUUCAUCAAAACAAUCACAUCUACCUUUAGGUCCUCUCCUCCUUAAACUCGUUAUGCAUAUUAGGCAAACUCCACACAGCGGUUACUUCCCUUUGCUGUACGAAUAUCACUGCUAUCACGCAUAUCAGGAUAUUUUUAACCAAAUCACAUGACCUCAUUCAAAAUCUUAAAAUAAUAGUUUUUGAAUUUCAAAUACGAAACAUACUUAGUCUUAAGAUGUUAACAAAACAAUCCAACAAUGAAUUUAAAUGAAAUUAUUUCUUUAAAAAUGUUUUAAGCUGAAAUCGAGCUAUUUUUCCUUGUUUGCGGGUAGCUUUUGUGCUUGUCAAGGGAGAUAACUGUGUAGAAUAUUGGUAAGGAGGCUUAUAACAGAAUUCAGUUGUUUUAUAUUAAUAUUGAGAAUUGAAUAAGUAACCAAUUUUUGUUGAGUGCAAAUGUGGAAAAAUAGUUCAUAUUGUUGUUUUGGGGGGAGCUUUUUUCAUCAGUAUUUGCAAUAUUUUAUUUGUAAAAAGGGCAGUUGUAUGGUCAAGUUUUAGCGUUUAAAAAUGAUAGUUAGUUAAUUAAAAGCUCAAAAGCUUUAAAAUGUAAUUUGAGUUUUUGUUGUCUUUAAAAUGUCUUAUAGUUAGUUAAUUAAAAGCUCAUUAGAGUUAAAAUGUCAUUAGAGCUUAUGUUGUCUCUUAUAGUUAGUUAAUUAAAAGCUCAUUAGAGUUAAAAUGUCAUUAAAGCUUAUGUUGUCUUUAAAAGUCUUGCCCAAUGGAAAUCUAUAAAAUAAUAAGUGCAAUUCAUUGUAAUGUAGACUUAUUUUUGUUGGUUUUUUUCAUUACCUCUUUGAAUGAGAUGUAUCUGAUGCCAUUAAGUCUUAAUCCAUUAAAAAAAUAUUAUUUACAAUCAUUCUAAGAUCAUUAGUAAUUAAUUUAGUGCUUCUUUAUAAAGUAUCGAUGCAUGUUCCUCACGGUUGUUUCUUUGUCUUAGGCGUGUGAAGAAAAAAAGAGUUUUUUUCGGUUUCCGGACCAACCCUAUUCCUUUGCACUUAACCCAAAUACUUUAUUUCAGUCAGACAAUAUAGUUUUAUCUUUUAUCUUUGUACUAAAACAAAUGGGGAAAUGAAAUUUGAAACAAAAAAAAUUGCAACAGUUUUUAGUGUGAUACAGUUUUGACAAAACAAAUUAAAUGAACAGAAACAAUUUUUAACCUUGGUUUCGUAGCAUCAGCUGCAGUUGUUUUCUUUGGAAAUACCUAAAUAUUGUUAUGUGUCUGCAUGUUAUUGUAAGGUUUGUGUUUAUUACUGAUUAAGAUAAGUGUAUUUAUUAUAUGCAAUAUUUCAUGCCAGUGUAGACACGGAGAAAGUCGGUGCCUAUGUUCAUGUUUCUGUUGUUGUUGUUGUUGUUGUUGUUGUUUUCUAAGAGUAUUCUCAAUUUUAUAAUUGUUGUGUAUUUCUAAAAUUCAGGCCUCUUUAUUUCCUUAUACUGAUUAAAAAUACCUUUCUUAUUUUAGAUAGUAUGAAUUGUUUUAGCUAGAGUUUGGAAUCAGGGUCAAAGGUCAUGGUCACAGGUACUUUUUGAAGAAAUGUCUGAGGAAAAAAUUCAUAAUAUGACAAUAUGACCUUGGAGCAUGUAAUCUAAACACUGGUAGAUGGUCCUUAUCAAUUUUUAAAGCAACAGUUAAUAAGACAAUGUUUUACUUCACAAGAUUCUGCAUGUAAUUUGUAUCGUCAAUCGUUGACCCUUUUAGUUUGGGAGGUCGAGGUCACAGUCACAGUUAUUGCACAUUUUUUAUUAAUUUGGUUGAAUGAUUUUGUUGUCAUAUAAAUAUUAAAUAUCAUAGAGGUGGUUACAUAUAAUUUUAAAGUUAUUAUCAAUUAAGGUUUUAAGCGAUUUAUUAUACCGUAAAAAUAUUGUUUAUACUGAUUACGUCUGCGAAACGCUUAGAGUAUACUAAAGCGCUAAGAGUCUACUUUAACUAUAUUUUACAAACGCCUAUUCUGCUCAGGCGCUUGAGAAAGUAACAAAUUAAUGUUUAGACUGUAAUAAGCACAUGAUUCAUUACAGAAUACCUAAUGAUGACUAGAAUAUUGAAUUUUAUAAAGGCAAAGUCAGAUGAGGUACAUUUUUAUAAUAGAAGAAAUUGGCAUCGGAACGUACACUUUUUACAGUGUUUCAAUGUUACUGUAUAGCUAGUGUUUCAGGGUUGCUUCAGUGUUUCUUUUUGGUUUCAUGAUAUCUUUUUGAGCUUUAAAUAGUAGCUUUGAUCACUUACGCCUAUACCAUUAUUGCAUUAUUUGUAUUGUUAUAAAGUAAUCACACCAAAUAUGCUUAUAUUAAUUUUCGUUUUUAAUUUAAAAUUGUUUACAUUAAGCAAUUUGAUGCAGGAAAGGUCCGUCCCUUAUGUGAAGAUCUGAAAUGUAAAUCGAACCUUCAAUCAUUUAGUUAGUAAAAUGUGUACUUAUACCAAGUGACACCAGUAAAUUGGGGUGCAAUGUAAAAUUAAUAGCUUAAUUGGUAUUCAUUUGGCAUUGCCUGUGUUAUCAUGCUAAGGGGCCUGUUUCAAUAAAGAUAUCUUAGUCGUUAAGUGGAAUGAUUAUCUUUGUGUCAUAUUUUCAUUAUUUGGCAAAACUUUAAUAUGAAAUAAAUUCUCGCUAAGUGGAAUUAAUUUUCUUUGUGUCAUAUUUUCAUUAUUUGGCACCGAUUUUUAUAUUAAAUAAACUCUAGCCUGUAUUAAAGAUAAAAACAAAACAGAAAGAAACGAAAAAAAAAAGACUUUAUGCCAUCUAUGAUGCUAAUACAGAUUUUAAAUUUUCAAAGUUACGAUUAAAACAUUUUAUUGAAACUGAUCCCAGGUGUUCUAUCAAAGGUGAUUAUACAGCACACUUGUGCUCUAUAUGCAAUGAAAUUUGCAAUCACUGUGCUAGUUUUGUUUUCCCUCUUACUGUGUAUACUGCAUUACUACUUAGUUGAUAAUUACAUGUAUGUUGUCCUGUGUUAAACAUUAAAUAAUAUUUGUUUUAUAUCAGGGUUUAGAUAAUUAGAGUGGUAAUUUGUUGUUAUAUCAUUGUGUGAUCUACGUUAUAUUUGAACAUUUUUUCUCUUUAAUUCACCUUCUCUAAACUGUGAUCUUAUUUGGUUGUAUUGAUUUUAUUUAGAUUUCGUUUUAUCAUGAAUACAUAAUAUUAAAUAUUAUGUUACCAUACUUUUUAUCUUUAUUUCUACUGCAUUAUUUUCUCAUAUUUUUUGUUUCAAAGAAAUCCAUACGUUGCUUUUAUUCACAUAUUAUGUUUACAUACUCUCAGUUUGAAUACCUAUUAAAUAUAAAAAAAUUUUUUUAAUGCAUUCAUGCUUCUUCAUAAAGUGCACGUGCUUGAGAAACUUAUAAACCUCACAGUUUUAGAAAGUAAAUGAAUGAUAUCUCAAACAGUAAAUUAUGGACAUUUAAACGGCAUGACAUCUGCAGCAAAGUUAUGUUCUAAUCCGCUUUUCAUUAUUUUAUUUUUUUAAAGAUAUGGCAUUUCUUAGCAUUGGUGUCGUCGGCCGCGUCAUAGUUAAAAGAACAUUCAACCUUAACUCAAAAAACGUUCAUGGUGUACUCAUGCAACUAUGUAAAUUUGUUUCACUCGUAUAUCAAGGCCCAUAAAUCUGACUUCAAUAAUUAUCAUGUUAUUACCCUCGUUAAACUGAAAAAACCCCAGACGACCAUAGAUGUUCGCUCCGCGGCCUUCCUGUAUUAAAGACCAGCAAAUAAGGGAAUUGAAUGAGAUAAAAUGAGAUUGUCGGCGUAUUUCUGCGGAUCUUAUGGCACCAGGAACCGAAAGAUGUAUAUCUAAAAAUGGUUGCUUUUGUUUACUGUUCAUAAUGACACUCCAGUUCGGUUCAAAUUUGGUUCGGUUCAAGUCAGGAGAGCCAUCAAAAGUGCUUCUAAAAAGCCAGUGCUUCUUCAGCAGUGUGCUUCACUCCUUUGGCCCGCAUUGGGAGCCUAAAGUGCCCCCCCCCCACCCCAAAAGUCUAUAUCAGCAUAUGUAUGUAGUUUUGAUUAGUUUCAAUUGAUUGUAAUCAGGAUUGAUUAGAUCCUUUUUAUAGAUUUAUAAGCUUAUAGCAUAUUAGAGUUUCACGAGGUGUAUAUUUGUGUAACAUUAUCAUUUUUGAAGCAACUGAACAUUUAUUAAUUGCAACACUGUUGUAAUUGGAUUUGACCGUUUUAAGUAAGACGUGUUGGGACUUGCCUGAAUAGUUUAGCAAUGCCCGCUUUUUUAACCAUUAUAAAUUUUAAUUAAACAGUUAAGCAAUUUGCUGAUAAGAAUCCUUUUUUUCAAAAGGUAUUUUUAUUUUUGAAUUACUUGAUUUGUUACAAAUGUUUGGUUUAUAAAUAUGAAUAUACAAUAGCUUCAGCAAAAAAUCUUACGAAUGGCUAUUUUUUACAAAACAAGAUACCUGUUGUUUCAGCAUUAAUCAUGCUUGUCAUGGCGUUCUUUGAAAAGUCACAUUUGCAAUACUUUUAUAGCUGACAAAACCAGUGCUCUUCUAUGACUAACGUUAUUUAUAUUCAUGUUAUCUGUGUUCUAAUUUCUGAUCUUCAAACAUUGUAAAAAAAUGUAUUGUUGUAAUUUUAAGAUGUUUAUUAUUCUUAACCUGAACUGAAUGUCACAAAUAAAUGUAGAAUCGUU